UUGGUUGACAUACAGAUAUGUCUCAUAUUAUACUGUUGAAUAACAAGCCUUAUGUGUAUGCUUGGGAGCUUCUAAUGAUUAAAUAAACCAAGUUAUAACCAUGACCGCAAUUUUAGAAAGACGCGAAAGCGCAAGCCUAUGGAAUCGUUUUUGCGAUUGGAUCACUAGCACUGAAAACCGUCUUUACAUUGGAUGGUUCGGUGUCUUGAUGAUUCCUACCCUAUUGACUGCAACCUCUGUAUUCAUUAUCGCUUUCAUUGCAGCUCCUCCAGUAGAUAUUGAUGGUAUUCGUGAACCUGUUUCCGGUUCUCUUCUUUAUGGAAACAAUAUUAUUUCUGGUGCUAUUAUUCCUACCUCUGCAGCCAUUGGUCUGCAUUUCUAUCCCAUCUGGGAAGCAGCUUCUGUUGAUGAAUGGCUAUACAACGGUGGUCCCUAUGAGCUAAUCGUUCUACACUUCCUACUUGGUGUAGCUUGCUAUAUGGGUCGUGAGUGGGAGCUUAGCUUCCGUCUAGGUAUGCGUCCUUGGAUUGUUGUUGCAUAUUCAGCUCCAGUAGCAGCAGCUGCUGCUGUUUUCUUGAUUUACCCUAUUGGUCAAGGAAGUUUCUCUGAUGGUAUGCCUCUAGGAAUCUCUGGUACUUUCAAUUUCAUGAUCGUAUUGCAGGCUGAACACAAUAUUCUUAUGCAUCCAUUUCACAUGUUAGGUGUAGCUAGCGUAUUCGGUGGCUCUCUAUUUAGUGCUAUGCAUGGUUCCUUGGUAACUUCGAGUUUGAUCAGGGAAACUACCGAAAAUGAGUCUGCUAAUGCAGGUUACAAAUUUGGUCAGGAAGAAGAAACCUACAAUAUUGUAGCUGCUCACGGUUAUUUCGGCCGAUUGAUCUUCCAAUAUGCUAGUUUCAACAACUCCCAUUCUCUACAUUUCUUUUUAGCUGCUUGGCCAGUAGUAGGUAUCUGGUUUACUGCUUUGGGCAUCAGCACUAUGGCUUUCAACUUAAAUGGAUUCAAUUUCAACCAAUCUGUUGUUGACAGUCAAGGUCAUGUAAUUAACACUUGGGCCGAUAUCUGUUGUGGAUGUGAGCCACAACUAAUAUUGAUUUAUUUUUACGGGAGAUUCCAAAAAUGA